GCCGCUAGAGGGAGGACCGCUGGGCAGUCCUGCGAGGUGGCACAAAUGUGGAGCCUGUCUUCUCUCGGAGUUUUAUUUGUCACUUUUAAAAGGCGUGGAGUGAUUGUGAUCAAGGGGACUCUACUAUGGUUAAGCUGGUACUGAACAAAGGAUAAAAAUAUAAGUAUUAUCUUCUCUUCGCAACCACAGAUUCCUUUGGUCUUGGGACUUUCUAUUCCGUCUUCACUGGGCUGCACACUGCAAGUCACAAGAGCCAGGACACCUACUCACCUAAUAAGUGGUAAUUAGCUGGUAAUUUCUUUUUCCUGAAGGGAAAUUUAGGAAAAGGCUGUGGAAAUGUAAAUCCUGUUCUCUGAAAUAUUUUUCCUCCUCUGUUUAAUCUUCCUCUAUAAUUUCAAAAAUAUAGCUGAUACAUCACUGUAUUGGCCAAAAUAUAAAACUUAUUUGGAAACCGAAUCGGUCAUUUUACACAAGGAUAAAGAAACAAAAUCCCACUUUCAUCACAUUUCUGAUUUUGAGUUUAAUUCCUCACUGCCAACCUGGAAAUAGUUACAAUAACGUUACAAAGUGCCUCUUAACAGUAACAUAGAAUACUACUUCCUUGUAUAAAGGCUCUUAAAUUCCCAGUGGAUAUCUAAGCAAGACAAUCGCUUAAAAAAAAAAAAGAGUGAGGGUUUGUUUGGUUUGAUUUGGUUUGGUUUUCCCACGUCGAAUAGUCACAUUCAUUGUAACCCUGAAUUAGGCAUGUGGGGGUAAAGGAAGAUUUCAGUAUUGUCUUUAUUGGAAUCAGAAGAUUGAAAUAUCUAAUCCCGUUUACGUAAAAGGUGUCUUGGUAUAUUUUAACUAACUUUGCGAAACGAAUCGCAAUGACUCAAACCAGAGCGAAAAAAGGGAAGUGAUUUCCCUUAAAACCAGGUGUUGAGCGCCUUGAUGACCCAAUACGGGGUGCGCGCGCGCAGAGUGACCAGACCCCUCUCCACGCAGCUCUGACAGAGCUCUCCAAUUCGGCAAGAGCAUCCGCAGCAGUAAUACCACCAGUACACCGUUUCCGACGAUGGGCUGGGGGGAUGACACUCUGCAGCGCCACCAGCACUGUUUUCUCUCCUAAGUCAGUCAUUCAACCGCGCAAGCAGGUCGCCCUCUGCGCGCUACAACCUGCGGGGCGGGGAGCCUCGGCGCUCACCCCUGGAACUCCGCUGGUGCUGACGUACCUUCAGGCCCUUAAAUGUGUCUGUCCCUGCGCAGGAAGGAACAGACUUUGUAGCAGUCACUUUGCCCGAAGGGAAUCGCUUCUCAGUUCUUGCAGCCUCAGCUCCGUUUCCCCUCGCUCUUCCUGGAUCUGCGUUUAUCUCUGUCCUUUUUGCACUGAGUCCCCGCCAACCUCUCCAGCGGGAGGAGCAUUUGGCAGUUUGCACCCUAGGAGAGAACCAACUGGGCUUUUCAUGCCCUGUGCUUUUCCGGUGGACUCGAAGACCAGAGAGAUUAAGAGUCGAGAGAAGCGUUUGGCACGAGCACUCUGCGGGACCCAAGCUCCCGGCUGCUCGCGAUCCGUGUGUCCGCUGCUGGCUGCUGCGGGAGGAGCAGAAGGAGCGGAGGGGAGGAAGCCAGCGGAUGCUUGCUGGAGCCUGGAGUUAAAAGAGGUAAUUCGAGUAAGACUGGAUGAAUAUUGUGGGUACAAUUCAGCACGGUAAGACUUUGUAUAUAGUGUUUAUAAUUGAUCCCUAUACUUGCAUGUUACCUAAUGGCAGAAACAGCAUGAAAUGACAGAAACAGCCUUGAUUUUUUUGGACUGUGGGAGAAAUUUUUAAAAUCAAUAUUGAAUUUUAUGUGGCAAGAAUAUAGAUGCAUUGAUGAAAACAGAAAGGCAAGUUAACUUUAAGAGGGUGGUUUAUUGAAAAUCGCUUCCUGAGAUUUCAUAUCUACAUAUGGUAAUCAGUGAAAUAAAUGAACCAGUUAGUAUUCCGAGCUUGCAAUACUUGGCUCUGUAGAAAGACGGCUGUUACAUUUCAUUUCCAAAUUCAUUUGUGAAAAUAGAAUAAUGUUGGAUGGGUUUACUAACUUCCUCACAUGUGUGUGCUAUAGAUUGAGAAUGUCCUACAGAGCAGAGAGAGACAAGGUCCAAGAUCUGGCCUCAUUACACAAUGCCAUCUCUCCACUACAAGGCAUCCUUCACAUAAGCUGCAACUAGUGGAAUCUGGAGCUCCUUCCUCUCCUACUCUGUAUACAUGUAGCUUCCAAUUUGGACCUAAAUCUCCCUGCAAUGGACCUUUUCACUCAUAUUCUUCCUCAUAGGACAGCUAUGAGUUGGGGUUGUCCUGAAUUGACGUAAGUUAAUACCCCAAUAAUGAAUUUUAUAGUUGUUGGGCAUCCUGCCAAGCCAGGUGUGGAGAGAGAGGGUACGUUGGAGUCGGGGCUAGAGUAAAUCAUCUGAAGUGGUGAGAUGGUAGCUGGGAACAUGGGCUGUACUUAAGGAGAAAUGAGGAAGUGUGGAAGGGAAGCAAUAAAACUAAAAUCUGAAGGGUGCGUGUGUGUUCAUGCUCCCAGAGAGACGGAUUAUUUUCAGUAGGAAUCAGCCCUAUAUUUGUGCAUGAGUGAGUUUAUCUCAAAGGUCAGACUCCUUGCUUAAUAAAAGCUUUAAAAAGAAUUGAGAAUCCCAAGAAAAUAAACAGCUCUCAUUUGUAGUUAUUGACUUUCAAAUAAACUCUUCAGUUAUAAGGUCUGAAACAGUUUUUUUCUCAAAUUUUAGUGCCUAAGAAUGCAAAACAAUUGAGAUUUAUGACCUCUAACACAAAAGAAAUUGGUUCAAGAGGAUCCAAUUAAGUGCAAGUUUAACACCAUGGGGGAUUCCAGUUCUCCUAGUUCAAAAAUUACCCUGUGAAAAAUACAGUCUUGGUGCUGAUGAGCUUGCUUGUGUUGGGGAGAGUGGUGUAACUCAUAUUAAUCUAAAAACUUUUCAUAGUAUUUAUCUUUUGAAUUUUCGUUGUUUUUCAAGAUCAUUGCCAUUAUUGUUAUUAUCAUGUCUGUCUUGUUAGUUGAUGGCUAUUCUCAAAUACCAAACUUCUAUCAUUUGUACAUUUAAAGUGCUGGAUGGUGGCCAUUUGAGAGUAAAACCAGAAGGCACUAAAAAUAAGGUUAUGGAAAUGCUUUAUGAUUAUUGAGCAUUAAUUCAUUUUAAAAAAUCAAUUUGUUGAUUGGUUGGUUAGAGGAUAGCUUUAAAUAAACAUUAUGAUUAUCUUUUCCUCAUUGAAUGGAGGACAAUUUUUAAAAGAUUUAAAAUCUUUAAAAGAGUUUAAUGUGCUAGUCUUUGUUUUUCAUAUAUUUACAUAUUUAUAUUUUUCCUAAUAGUGCAUAGUAAUUUAAGUAGUUUACCUGAAAUUAUGAAAAGAUAAACUUAAAAAUCUCUAAAUCAUUUUUUCUGCUAACUCUCUUUGUUUUCAUUAAUAAAACUUCACAAAUAUUUCAUAAAAGUAAAGCAAGUGAUUGCUGAAAUCCUGAAGCCAGUGGUAAAAUUUGUCAUUUCUUUUGGGUCUUAUUUUGCAUCUGAAAUUUCAUUUCAUGAAAUUCUUAAUUUCCCUCAUUCUUUCCAGGCAAAGGCAACUGGUCAUGCAUUGUUGGGGGUCUUCAAAACGUGUGGUGUCCAUUGACAUUCUGGUACCAGUGUUCCAGUUUCUUUGUUUUAUAGUAUUUUCUUAUAUAGUGCUUACUUGUUAAGAACAUGUGUUCACAAUAGUAAGCAUUUAGAGCUUUUUCUUACUUAAAAGCUUUGCACAAAACAGCACAGCAUCGAAUACGGAGAGGAAGAGUAUAUUGUAUUUCUUAAUUUUUUUAAAAAAGACACUUUAUUCAACUACAUUUAUGUAGACUACUAUUUUAAACUACAUGCAUUUUGAAAUUUUUUAAAAAUGCAAGUUGCGUGCUUUAAGAAAAUUUGACCUCUCAAGUAAUAUAAGGCACAGAUUAAUGUGAUGUAUACACUAAUUUUUAGGUUGAGUUUUGUUUUGUUUUUGUGGAAACUCCAACAACCUCUUUAGAUAUUUGGUUGACAACACUCUAAGUAGUGGCAAAUCUUGGAAGGAAAUCACAGAACUAGUUUAAGCCUAGCAAAGUAACCUUAACCUAAAAAGGAAUGAUUUGCUUUAGAGUAAUCCCAAAUAACAGGUGUUAUGAUUGAUAUAUUGAGGUUAAAACAUUGUGCCACAUGGUGCAGGAUUCCUGCCACAUUUUACAUCUUAUAUAAAAUAAUGACAUCAUUGUUAGCACAGACAAUCCAUUUCUAUGUAUAAAAUAUAUAGAUUUUUGCUUGAAAGUUCUAAAAA